AUGAAGUUUGUUCAGCUCGUUGGUGCCGCUGGCAUGGCUGGCGCAGUUGCCCUCCCGGCAGCCGCUCCCGACCUGGAUGCCGAUUUCCUUGCCGCCAUCCUCGCCGCCCCUACCCCCAAGACUCUCGGCCCUGAGCCGGAUGUCUACAGCUCGACUGUCGUGUCGUACAACCCGACGACCGUCACUGCUGUUGUCCAGUCGACCAUCACGCCGGAUCCCACUGCGGAUGCGGUGAAGAAGCGCAGUGUUUCUCCGGCCGACAAAUGUGCCCAGAACGGCUGGGACUGCUGCCCUCUUCCCACGGGCACCCUGGCUGUUCCCGAUACUGCCGCUGCCUUUACCAGCUACGCGGCCUACUCUGCGCUGGCAACUGGCGCGUCUACGCCGAGCAACUACCAGCAGGCCUUCAGCAACAAGAACGGUGCCACGCAGCAGGUUGGAUACCGUGGAGUCUUCACCCUCGACUCGUACGACCCGAGCGUCUGCGCGGCCAAGUGCGACGCCGAUGCUGAUUGCCAGGCUUUCAACAUCUACAUUGAGAGGGACCCUGUCCUCCGUCCCGACUACGAUGUCUGCCAGAACCCCGACGCCACGGCAAACAUCAAGUGUACCCUUUACGGCUACCCCGUUCAUGCCGAGACGGCCACCAACACGGGCCAGUACCAGGGACAGUUCCAGAUUCUCGUCGCCGCCUCCAACGGCUACAACAAACCCUACACUGCCCCGACUCUGGAGAACUUCAACGCUCCUGUCGGCCCCCUGAACGGCGCCAUUGAGGACAGCCACUACUACUUGUACGAGCUGUACAACGACGGUCCCUUCAGCCCGGCCUCCUGCGCCAAGGGCUGCCAGGCCAACACUGCCUGGAACAAGGCCCACGCCAACAACGACGGCACCUACACUGCCUGCAACUUCUUCAACGCCUACAUCCUGUACAGGGACAACAACCCCGUUGGCACCGUCUGCUCCUACUACAGCGCCGACAUCGCGGAUCCCGCCUCCAAGGCCACCAACGUCGGCCAGUACCAGGGCGACGUGCACGUCACCGUCGGCGAGUCGUACACGUACACGCUCACCACCCAGGACAACGGCGGCGUCAGCCCCGUGAGCAGCACCGGCUGCGCCAACCCGGGCGUCUGCGGCACCUACCAGAUCUGGUACAUGGACAACGGCGGCGACGCUGCCUGCGGUCUCGACCCGGAUGGAAACGCUCUCUGCUUCGUCGACAUGAGCUGCUACGGCGGCCCGACCUGCAGCACCAACUCCGACUGCACCGGCGGCACCAAGUGCCUGACGCAGAGCUGCUGCGGCUUCAGUCUUUGUGCCACGCCCACCACCGUGUGCGCCAACUCGGCUUCCAGGGUCAAGCGUGCCCUGAUGGGUCCUGAGAAGCGCCGUGCUGCUUCGACCCGUCGCAGCGACUCCGACGCAUGCACCGCUCUGAGCUGCCCCAGCUCCUCGUCUUGA